GUUUUGGGCCCCACCGGCACCCGUAAGAGAGCCUAGGCUGCGACAGCACCGCCACGUCUGCUGCGGCUGCGGGAGAAAAAUUAGUUGGGCCUCUGUGCGGCUGCGGGUAACCAUGGCCUUUACGCUAUACUCGCUGUUGCAGGCGGCCCUGCUGUGCGUGAACGCCAUCGCCGUGCUGCACGAAGAGCGCUUCCUCAAGAACAUUGGCUGGGGAACAGACCAGGGAAUUGGUGGAUUCGGAGAGGAGCCAGGAAUUAAAUCUCAGCUAAUGAACCUUAUUCGAUCUGUAAGAACUGUGAUGAGAGUGCCAUUGAUAAUAGUAAACUCAGUUGCUAUUGUAUUGCUUUUACUAUUUGGGUGAACAUCAAUGGAAGAAACAGAGACUUAUAAGAAGAGAUGCCAGCAGAAGUUACUGCUUUGGUCAUUAUUGAAAUAUUCAGUUCUUAGCAGGCCAACCUUGCAUUUGACAAAAAUGUAAAGUUGUCAAUAAAACUAGAGUUUUUAGUUGACUGUUUUUUUUAUAAUGUUGCAAUUGUAGGUUCAUUACAAAAAAUCAGAUCAUCAGAGCCAGCGGCUCACCAGGAUUGGACUAUGUUUGAUUGCUAGCUGUUAAUAAUAGUUCAUGCUAUGUUAUGCUAUUAUAAAGAUUGUGAAAAGGGUACAGGACUGUUGCUUCUGGUUUUUUGGAGGGGGGUUGUUUGUUUUGUUUUCAGGUAUUUUUCUAUCUCUCACUUCUCAGGGAUGAAUUUUUUUCCAAAGUUUUGAAAGUCCUUGUGACUUAGCCAUGACAUGAGAGUCAUUAUCUUCCUAGAUAAAAUUUAAAAGUUUUUUUUUAAAAAAUUUUUACAUAUAAAUGGUAAAUAGGUAAUUUGGAUAAUUUUGAAUUCUUUGGUUAAAUAUUUAGUCUGUAUAUUGUCUCUGCUGUGCUGUGAGGAAUUCAGAUUUAUAGAUACUGAAAAGGACAAUUUCAGGGAGAAUUUAAUUUUGUAAGUUAGUCACAUGAUGAUUUUUUGUUUUUAGUUCUUUUUUCUUUUUGGUACCGGGGAUCGAACUCGGGUCCUUGAGCUUGCGCAGCAGGCCGCGAAACCACUGAGCUAAAUCCCCAGCUAAGCUAAUUAAUAAAGUGACAAAUGUUUAAUAAAGAACUAAAUGGGGCUGGGGAUUUAGCUCAGUGGUUUCGCUGCCUGCUGCACAAGCGCAAGGACCCGAGUUCGAUCCCCGGUACCAAAAAAAAAAAGAAAAAAUUAAUUAGCUUAAAUAAGACCAGAUCAGCAUCUACAUGUUUUCAUUGGUAGAAAGAUCUAUAUGAAAAGUCUGUGCCCCUUUUUCAAUGAUUUAUUUAAUAAAUAAGCAUAAAUAUUAGCCUACAAGAGCAAUCCUGAACAAUCACAGUUAAACUAUACUAUUUAAGAUGAUUGUUUAUUUUGAAGCAUUAUCAUUUUUUUUUUUUUUUUUCCGAGCUUGCCAGGCAGGCGCUGUGCCGCUGAGCUAAAUCCCUAGCCCUAUGAUUCCUUUUCUUGAUGGAAUAGCAUAUUAAAGGGUAUAAUUCUAAUUCUUCAUUCUGUAAAUAAGUAUUCUUGCUGAAUAAGUCAUAUUUUGUUUUGUUUUUAUGUCUUAGACUAUGUUGUAAGGUUUUUUGCUCAUCCCAUACUACAGUUUUAUGUAGAAAAGUUAAAACUGUAAAUGGUUUUUGUGAAAAUUAUCAGUUAUAAUAUUUGAAAGUAUAAUGUCUUUAUUUAUAGAACUUUUAUAAAUAAAGUUGAAUUUCCUAGACAAGCGUUUGUUUUGUACCUUAGUAUAAAUAUGUCAGGGUCAAUUGUAUUAAUCUAUUUUGUGUAUAAAUGUGUAUUUUUGUUCUUUGUUGUAGAACUGCUCAUGUAUAGAUUUCUUCCUUCUGUCUCUCUUUCCUUCUUUCCUGUACCAAGGAUUGAACCUAGGGCCUAGCACUUGCCAGGCAAGCACUCUACCCAUGAGCGACACAUCCCUAGCCUUUUUAAUUUUGACACAGUCUCAGUAAGUUGAGUAGGCUGGCCUUGAAUUUGUAAUCCUCCUGCCUCUGCCUUCCAAAUAGCUGGGAUUACAGGCAUAGACCAUUGUACUUGACUGGAUAUAAUGACAGUAAACGUUCACAAUCCAUUUUUUUCUUCAGUAAAUAAACUGAAUUAUUGACAUAUUUCAA